AUGGCAAACCAAACCAAUCAAUCAUUGAAAAGUAAUAAUCCUUCAUCAGUGCCGGCACCGGCAUGUGGUGCUGCAGAGGGCAGCGAAGUACGAAGGCCGCCAACCACCAGCUCCGAUCGGUCGUCACUGUUCGAUCGAUCCCAUCCGGUUACGUCACGCCCGGCCACAUUGCCCAUGACCGUGGGGUAUGCUUCGACGGCGGGACCGGUUGCGGCGCGACCUUCACGAAGUGCGACACGGCCACAUCCCACGGGACCGCACCCUUUCGUCACACAGUCAGCUGGGGUGCGAGUGUUUAAAAAGUGCAAAAGUGCCACCUUCCAGAUCGAUGGACACACCUACACCAUAGUCGCGAGCUCGCCCGAGAAUAAGUUUACCAAAGAUGAUAUAACGCUCGCCGGAGCUGGCCCGGGGCGUGAACAGUUGCCCUGCUGCGAUCCGGCCACGUGCCCUGGUGGUCCGACAACCAGCUACGGAACCUGCGGACCCACAGCCGGCCCUAUCGCUCCGGUUUCCGGUUCGACCAGCAGCACAGCGUCAACGGUCGCACCUGGAGGCCUAGCCGGAACAGGUGCUGCACUGCAACAGCAAUCGUCGGCGGCUCAGCAACAGCAGCAACCAUCAUCCGGCAGCUGCUAUCCGUAUCAUCAUCACUUUCAUCAUCAUCAUCACCACCAUCAUUGCCAUCAGCCAGUGCGGGCUGAUUGUAACUCGCGAAACGGCCAGAUAGCAAAGCAAGGUAGCCUGACGAUCGUUCGGCGAACUAAUAGCAGAAAAAAUACGAACCUCCAGCAGCAGCUCCAGUACCAGGAAGCGCUGGACGAAACCGAAUACCAGCAGCCGCCAUUCGGGAACGACACCGGCACCGACGGUAGUGGAGGCGGCAGGGACGGUGGCGUUGGCGGAGGGGGAGGAGGAGGCGGUCCGGAAGCCGAGUUCGGCCAUCAGCAUCCGCCCCUGUCCGAGUCGGAGCUCGCCUUCGUCAACAGCCAGCUAAGCCGGGAGCUCGAGAGCAUGCAACCGACGACCGGGACCGUGAGUGCCGUCGCGAACCGUACCGAAUCGACGACCGGGGAUGAGUUGGACAAAGUGGACCUAGCGACGGAUAAUCUGCCGGCUGUCGAUACACCAGAUGCAUGUGAUAAGGCCGCAGUCAGGCUCCGAUGUCUGCUGCGGCAGCUGCAGCGAGGCGAAAUUUCCGCCGAGCUGCUGCAGAAAAACCUUCAUUACGCCGCGCGCGUACUUGAAGCCGUUUUUAUCGACGAGACAAAUCAAGACGGUGGCACCGGACCAGGCACCGGUGGGGGUGGUGUUGGUGGCGGUGGUGGUAGUGGUGGGGGUGGUAGUGGAGCUAACAACGCUGACGGUGGAGGUACUGGUGGUGGUGGAGACGGCACAGGCAGCAGUGCAGCACCGAAUGUCAACGCCAGCAGCAAGGAGCCGCACCGGGGGGCGACAACAUCCGCUCCACCCACACAUGGCGGCCCCACGGGGCCACCGGUCGGCAAAGGUGUCAUACAGAGGCGGCGCUUGCGGGCUCCUGUUUGGGCUCGGUCCAUGCGCCUCGCGGACGAAGAUGACGAGCUAUCUGAGGUGCAGCCGGACGCGGUCCCACCCGAGGUCCGGGAAUGGUUGGCGUCCACCUUCACCCGCCAGCUGGCGACAACGCGCAAGAAGUCGGACGAAAAGCCCAAAUUCCGGUCGGUGGCCCACGCCAUCCGGGCUGGUAUCUUCGUCGAUCGGAUCUACCGGCGCGUGUCCAGCACCGCCUUGAUGCAGUUCCCGCCUGAGGUCGUCCGCGUGCUGAAGACCCUCGACGAUUGGUCAUUCGACGUGUUCGCGCUGGCCGAGGCUGGCAACUGCCAACCGGUGAAGUACCUCGGGUACGACCUGCUAAACCGGUACGGUAUGAUCCACAAGUUUAAGGUCCCACCGGCCACGCUCGAGACGUUCCUGACGCGCAUCGAGGAGGGCUACUGCCGGUUCCGCAACCCGUACCACAACAACCUGCACGCCGCCGACGUCGCACAAACCGUCCACCACGUGCUCUGCCAGACCGGGCUGAUGCACUGGCUGACGGAUCUCGAAAUCUUCGCCACCCUGCUGGCGGCGCUCAUACACGAUUACGAGCACACGGGGACGACGAACAACUUCCACGUGAUGUCCGGUUCGGACACGGCGAUGCUGUACAACGAUCGGGCCGUGCUCGAGAACCAUCACAUCAGUGCGGCGUUUCGCGUCCUGAAGGAGGACGACUGCAACGUGCUGCAGAACCUGUCGCGGGACGAGUUCCGCGAGCUGCGCACGCUCAUCAUCGACAUGGUGCUCGCGACCGACAUGUCGUUCCAUUUCCAGCAGCUCAAGAACAUGCGCAACCUGCUGACGCUGGCCGAACCGCAGGUGGAUAAGUCGAAGGCGCUUUCGCUCGUGCUGCACUGUUGUGAUAUUUCGCAUCCGGCCAAGCGCUGGGACAUCCAUCACAAGUGGACGAUGCUGCUGUUGGAGGAGUUCUUCCGCCAGGGUGAUCUCGAGCGUGAGCUUGGCCUGCCGUUUAGUCCGCUGUGCGAUCGAAACAAUACGCUCGUGGCGGAGUCGCAGAUUGGCUUCAUCGAGUUCAUCGUUGAGCCGAGUAUGACGGUUUGUGCGGACAUGCUGGAGAUUGUUCUGGCACCGAUCGCGCCCAUCACCUGCAACGCGGCUAGUGGGGCGUCUUCGGCGGGCUCCUCGGCCGGACAAUCGGGUGGGACAGCCGCCGCCAUCGGUGGAAGUAGUAGCAACAGCAACAACAACAACAACAAUAACAACAACAACAACAAUAAUAGCGUUAGUAAUAGCAGUAGCAUUAAAAGUACUACCAAUACUCUUAGCGUACCGAGCAACAAUACGAACAACAAUGAAGCAAUAAGUGGUGAGGGCGGUGAGGGCAAGGAGGGAGAGGAGGCGUCCCCUGCCCCACCCACGGCCACUCCACCGACCAGCGCGGGGGCGAAGAAUGGAAGCGCGGAUCCGAGCGAGAAACCGAACCGGUUCAAAAUUCGCAAACCCUGGAUCACCUGCCUGGCGGAGAAUAAGAAAAUCUGGAAGGAGCAAGCCGUCCGCGAUGCGGAAGCUAGGGCAGCAGCGGCCGCGGCGGAAGCAGCUGCGGCGGCGACAGCGGCUGAGGCCAGUGAAUCUUCCGAUGGGGCGGUUGACGGGACCGAUGAGACGAAACCGGAUGAAGCAGAUGGAAAUUAAGGCAGUGCGGGGAUGGAUCGCCGGUUCCGGAACCGGCAGAACCACUGACAGAAGCAACAGGAUUGCUGCGUUCCGGUGGAAAAAAAUAUAUAUGUUCGAGACAAAACGUAGGCAAAUAGGAGGCGUAAGGACGAGAACCACAAAGGAAAACCCACAACAAAAAACAACCACAACAAAUGAUAGUAGUAAAAGAAAACUAAAUAAACUUUAUUAAGCAUGUAAAGCGAGAACGGGCAUGGAGCAAAAGAAAUCGUACUGCUGAUGACAAAACAAAACAAAAACACACAGCUGGCAACGCUGUAUAUUUAUUGGUACUGAAUAAAGAGAAGGAAAAACAAAAGGAGACAAAGCAAAAAGAAUAUUGCAAAAAGGGAAGAAAAACACCCCCAAGCAUGGGACGCAAAUGGGAGGGAAAAGCAAGAAAAAGGAAAUGAACAAUGCGAAUUCGAUGAGAAAUAGAACGAACAUAUUUACAACAGAGAGAUAGGUCUAUUUCCAUGCAAAAAAAAGCACACACAAUCACACACAUGCUCACUUACUCACAAAAUCAUCUAAGCACGCGUUGCAUCGCUAGAGAUAGAGCCACACACACAUUAACACAAAAAAGGGAGGCUAAAGCCGCUCUUUGGCAAGACGGCAGUAGUAAAUGUCAAAAGAUUUUCCCGCUGCUAGUAGAAAGGACACCAGAAGGACCGUCAGCACCCCUCUCAUCCGAGUAGGCUUUAAAAAGCACGUGCUCAUCUCAUGAACAUGAAUAGUGCAUAUAAAAACUCAGCUCUCAAGCGGAACACGACGGAGAAAACAAUUUUGGGUAGAAUUAUUUAUAGAGCGCGAUACCUGACAGCUGUUUAAAAUAAAGCAGAAAUUAUGUUCUACCAUCAAACAAAAACCACGCUGACACCGGACGCACGAAUACGUUUGAUUUUCCGAUCGCUGGUUGCGACAUUUUCAUGGCCUUUCGUAGCACUCCGAUCAUCAUCAUCAUCAGCACCCGACCUGACCUUUCUGACCUUCUCCUAGUAGAGUUCAAACGAAACCAACCGUUUACGGACAAUCAGCAAGUGGUCGAGCUCCAGCCAAACACAUUUAGGGUUUCCACCGGUGGUCUUUCCGGAGUAUGCAUUCUUUGGCGAGGAUUGAACAAGAGCGCGACACAACAGUAGAAUCGUUCGGAAUUGCCUUAGAUAAAACGUUUGCGCACCGUCUCUUGGAAUGGAGCAAAAAAAAGUCUUUGAAAAAAAACACCCCAUCUAAUGGGUUUUAAAUAUUAUUACCUUGUGUUUCGAUUAAAGAAGAAAAUAAGAACCCUGUACACAAAAAACUCAUCGACUGCAUCAUGCAAGCAUGGGUGGGGAAAAAAAGGAUAAACGUGGAAAAAUGUUACUUUAAUUCGUCUCCAUUUUUUCUACCGUCGUCCUGGAACGGUUUGCUGAAAUUCCUCACAAUGAUCCGCGUGCUCUCUUUAAUUAAGUCCGCAAAUUAGCACUUAAAUUAUACGACAC